AGGAGUUUGGAGACCGGACGGCCGUGGUGAUGCCUCCACGUGCUGUGGGUGAGAAGCUGCCCCCAGAGGUGCUGGAAUAUAUGAAAAAUGGAAGAAGAUGGAGCCUCUGGGUCAAGAGAUUAUGUCCAAGCGCAAGGAAGAAUCAGGGCAGGACAAUGCAGCACUUCAAGAGAGCAUCAGGUUGUUGAAGGACGUGGUGGACGAGUGUGACAGGCCCAUCCAUCAGGCCGUCCGGCGCUACCUCGACACCAAUCCUGUUUUAGAAGAGCUCAAAGCCCAAAUGCCCAGAGGGAUUGCCAUCAUCAUCUAUGGGACACCCCGGACAGGAAAGACAAGGGUGGCGGCCGCCCUGUCCAAGUAUUACGGUGCCGCCUGCUUGUCCCUGGACGAGGUGGUGACAAAAGCCAUGUCGGACGAGCGCAGCUCGGCGGGGCGCCGGGCCCGGGAGCUGUGCGUCGAGGCUGCCCGUCAGCGAAGAGCCGUGAGGGAACAGAUGCUGGGUAAAAAGGGUGCUGAGGCCAAGAAAACUGAGCCCAGCCCUGGGGACAAAGCCAACCAGAAGACCCUCAGUGCUGGACACCGGAGCGCUUCAUCAACCAAGGAUAAGGCAUCCGACAAACCCCAGAUGGCAGCCGUUUCCUGCGCCACAGCGACUGAGCAUCCUCACCAGGACGGGGAGAAAGGAGAAAAAGAGGAAGUGUUGGAGCUGUGUGCUGCCCGAGGAAUUGUUGGUGGAAAUCAUCUCUGAACGGCUGCAGCUGAGUGACUGCUACAAGGGAGUGGUGUUUGAUGGCCUGGAGACCCUCUUUGCGAGCAGCCUGGCAUCUUCUCUCCUGUGCGUGCUCAAAGCUGUCAGCAAUCGCCCUCAUAUCC